AUGGCUCUAGAAUUUGCGUCUAAUUUGCUGAAGCACGACAGAGUUAUCGUAUUGACAGCCUGUCUACAACAACCGUACGUCUUUCUGACUCAAAUUCCCCACAUUUUCAAGAGUGAUAAGGAUUUUGUCAUUCAAGUGGUGAACCGAGCUGGAUCUAUGCUCGAACACGCCUCUGAGGAGUUACAGAAAGACAAGGAGGUUGUAUUAGCGGCCGUUCAGGCAUAUGGAUGUGCCUUACAAUUUGCAUUGAAUGAUCUCAAUAAUGAUAAACAAGUGGUCCUGACAGCUGUCAAACAAGAUGGAUUUGCACUCGAAUUUGCCUCACAUCAGAUGGCUCUAGACAAGGAAGUGACGCUUGCAGCAGCUGAACAAUGUAUUGGUUCAUUGGAAUACGCUUCAUAUGAACUGUGUAAUGACAAGGAAUUUAUGCUUCAACUCAUUCACAUAGACUGUGAAGCUCUGGAAUACGCGUCCCAAGAAUUGAAAAAAGACAAGGAAUUCCUACUUGCUGCCAUCACACUCAAUGAAGAAGUGCUUGACUAUGUUCCCAAACAGCUCCGUUACUCCAAAGAAUUUAUGUUGUCAGCAAUCAAGAAAAAUGGAAAGGCGUUUAAUUAUACUGGAUUGUCUUUGCGUGGUGAUCAGGAAUUAAUGCUGUCUGCCAUUCAACAUGAUCCACGUGUAUUGCGAUAUGGGCGGAACAUUGCUCGAGAAGUGAUAUUGGAAGCAGUGAAAAAGGAUGGCUUGGCUCUCAUGUUUUCUGGAAUAAGGAACGAUGAAGAAAUUGUUUUGGAGGCCAUUAAAUGCAAUGGAUUUGCCAACGAGUACACGAAAGAGUUAAUGAACUAUCGAUUGGAACACUAUUACUCUGGAGCGUAUUUGGGAAAAAAUUGGGACAAUAUUCAUUGA